CUUGAGGACACGGACAUUUGCUGCUGCUCCUGCUGCUUAUCUUUCCUUUCCACUCCCUGGGAGAAAGUGGAAACCUGUAGACGCUAACAGAAGACCUGCUCGAACCAACCGGUGUCCUGUCAAUUAUCUGGUUAUUUGUUUAUUUAUUUUUAUACUGGAGAAAGCAACGGGACGAAAUGAGGGAACUGGAAGACCUCGAACUUGCAGUCAAGGUGCUGAUCGUCGGAAAUGGCGCAGUCGGGAAAUCGAGCAUGAUUCAGCGAUACUGCAGAGGCACUUUCACGAAGGACUAUAAAAAGACGAUUGGCGUGGAUUUCCUGGAACGGUGCAUCGAGUUGGAAUUUCCCACCUGGUUUAACUUUUCGGCAUUUUAUCCCGAAGCUCAACGGGACUUGGUCUCCGAGUCGUUCUGCAUCUACUAUUGA